UUUUCAACUCGGACACGCCAAACAGUAAGCACUACGCAUAACACAAAUGUAACAAAAUGGCGCCGACAAAAGUGCCGAAGAAACCGCUCAAAUCCAUGGAGAAACCGAUCGAGAAACCCAUAUCGAAAGUAAAAAAGAUGAAGAAGAGGAACUACCAGAGCUUCUCGAUCUACAUCUUCAAAUUAUUAAGGAGCAUUACGAAAGACGCGUUCGGUAUUUCGCGCCACUCGAUGUUGAUAAUGAACAACUUCGUGAACGACAUGCUGGAGAAGAUCGCCGCUGAAGCGGGGACCCUGGUGGCCCACGGGAAGAAGACGACGCUCUCCAGCCGCGAGAUCCAGACCGCGGUGCGGCUGCUGAUCCCUGGUGAGCUGGCCACGCACGCCAACGUCGAAGCCCUCAAGGCCAUAUCUUUGUACCACAAGAGCCACGAAAUAGAGAAGGUUUGACGGCACCGCCCUGGUGGAGACUGUGAUUUGAUGAAUGUGAUUUGUUUAUAAUGAUUAUUUAAUAUAUUUCGUAAUGGUUA